AUGGCUUCGGACGCGCUCGUGCCAGAAACGCGCGUGCUCGCGAUCGCCAGCCAUGUAGUCCAUGGCUAUGUUGGCAACAAAAUGGCGACGUGUGUUAUGCAAGCCAUGGGCUGCGACGUGUCUGCAAUCAACACCGUCCAUUACAGCAACCACACGGCAUACAAGCAGGUAAAAGGCACAAAGACGACGGCCGCCGAACUCGAACAGCUCUACGAAGGCCUCCGCCAGUCGAAUCUCACCAACUUCGACGUCCUCCUCACGGGCUACGUCCCCAGUGCGGAAGCCGUCCGGGCAGUGGGGAAGAUUGGACGGGAUAUCAAGUUUAACGCUGGCACGAAGCCGGGGAGCUUCUUCUGGGUGCUCGAUCCUGUCAUGGGCGACAAUGGCAAGCUCUACAUCCCCGAAGACGAAGUGCCGGAAUACAAGAGCCUUCUCCGGGAGGCCGAUCUGAUUCUCCCGAACCAGUUCGAGGCAGAAACACUCUCUGAAACUCCCAUCCACGACCUCAACAGCCUGGCGGAAGCCAUUCAGGUCCUUCACACGACCUACCGCGUCCCGCAUGUCAUCAUCACCUCCCUCCGCCUCACGCGCGACAACCAAAUCCCUCCAAGUCGGCCCACCACGCAGCCGCACACGCCCUCCGUCGAAAACUCCGACCCCCUAGCAUCGUCCACUCUACCGCAGCACCGUGCCAAUGCUCCACACCCAGAGAGACACGAGGAAGUCGAAACCCUAACCAUCAUCGGCAGCACCGCAACCUCCGACUUCAAGCCGCGCCUCUUCCGAAUCGACACGCCAGCGCUGCCCCUCUUCUUCUCAGGGACCGGCGACAUGUUCGCCGCUCUCACCGUCCCGCGGCUACUCGAAGCCGUGCAGCGUGCCCCCGAGGCCCAAAACCUCGCCUCCACACCCUCCUGGCGCUCCCCCGACGCCGUCGCAGCCCCAGACCUCCCCCUCGCACAGGCCGCGCAGAAAGUGCUCGCCUCCAUGCAAGCCGUCCUCGCCCGGACCGCCGAGGGCUGCCACGCGCGCAUGGCAGUCUACGACGCGCAGAUCGCACGUGGCGGCGGCGGUGACCAGCUCGAGAAGAACCGCCAUCUCGCGCUCAUGAACGCUAGCGAGGUCGUGGUCCCGCGGCAUGUGGAUUUGCUCGUCCACCCCCCGCAUCUCGAGCGCUUCCAGCCGCGCGCCGUGCAUGUCGACGGUGGGAGCGCGGCGGGCGGGAGGCCGACGGCCGAAAGUAAGACGUCGGACCCCGAGACGGCUCAACUAGGAAGGCAGAUUCAAACGCAGAACCAAGCCGCGAAAGAUGGCUCUGCGGCUGGUGAUAGCGUGCAGGAUUAG